AUAGCUACUCUAGCGGCGGCGCGGUGAGAGGCUCUGAAUCUCCGCUCGUCGGCGCACCAACUCAGUUCACUCUCGACUCUCGUCGCGGCACGAUAGCCCCGCGCGCUUCUUGUUUUUUUAUUUUCCAUUCCAUCUCGCUCCCCGUCGUCGCGAGUAUAUGCUAUGUUGUGCACCCGAUGCUCCCUCCGCCACUAUGUUCAGAGGAGAUAGUUGACUGUUUUUCGCGCGUGCAUAUCAGCCCGCAUCACUAUCCGCAGUUUCGUUCGGCCGCGGCAAUACGAUGUUGUGGCCGCCGCUACUCUCCGUGGCAGCAGAAAAUUUUCCGUGAAAGUGUAGCAACUCCUUUCCUAUCUCGUACCUGUGUAUACACCUACUUGCUUGUCUGUCUGUCUCUCGCUCUCUGCUCUCUGCUCUCAAUUCUCAGGAAGAUAAUCUAUAAGCUCUAGCCCUUCAGUUGCCGGAUAAUAAUCGACGUCAUGGUCAGACUAACCGAGGAGAUGGUCGCCGCAAGGACCAGGGUGUCCGAUUGCGCGGCUGUCAAAAAACUCAACUGCUGGGGAACCGAACUCACCGACGUUAGCAUCCUGCGUAAAAUGAGAAACGUCGAGGUCCUAUCGCUCAGUGUUAACAACAUCAAUAGUCUUGCCGAUUUCCAAAAUUGUGUUGAUCUAAAGGACUUGUUUGUCAGGAAAAACAAUAUUAGGGAUCUAAAUGAAGUUUGCUACCUUCAAGCACUUCCAAACCUUAGGAAUUUGUGGCUUGGAGAAAAUCCCUGCGCAGAUGUUGAUGGAUACCGCUUAGCUGUUAUCAAAGCUCUGCCCAACUUGGAAAAAUUAGAUGAUAAGAUAGUCACCCCUGAAGAAGUUCAAACUGCAAUGCUGCGAGGAAGAUCUUUGAUUCAUCCGUUGACUAUGAUGCAAGCAGAAUCUUCUUCACCACAAUCAGGUCGAGGAAGUCCUGAGGUUGUCAUGGCCAAAUAUUCAGAAGAUCAAGAUGUGGAUCAGAGGCGAAAUUAUAGUUCUUCUGAUGAACAGAGGAGUUAUGAUGAGGCACCUCCUGUAGAAGAUUACCAAGAGACUGAUAAAAGGAAUGCAAAUUACAACACGUCGCCUGUCCAUCAGUAUCCCCCUAACAAUCGAUACUCCUAUGAGCAAAAUGGCAGAAUUAAGAAUACAGACAAUAACUCACGUAACAACAGCUAUGCAGAAAUCUCUGCUGCAACUAAAAUCCUUGAAACACAACAGGACAAUGACAGAACUACAGUUUUACGGCAAAACGGCGAAUACGAGGAGGUUAAUCAAAGAAUGUAUGCACCAGUUUCACCCCGAUCGCAAUAUCCUCCAACUGAGUAUAUUGACGAAAGGAGAAUGGAAUAUGAAGAGCCGCAAAGGCCGCCCUCAGCACAAUCAAAGCGGGGAAUGAUGAAUCAAAGUAUGGAAAGGGAGGACUUUAAUCAGUCAGCUGGUUGGAUGAGACGCGCCGAGAAGGACAAGCGAAGAUCACAGUUUCAGUAUCAAAGGAGACCCGUGACAAGGAACUCGAACAUCUUGUCAGCGGUAUUAUGUCUGGUGAAAGAGCUUGACUAUCCGAGUUUGGAGGUGGUCGAGAUGGCUGUAAGGAGCCGCAUCGACGAGCUGGAAGAAUGAUGUUUCUGACACCGUCCCCAAAGUAAGCAGGGGACGGUGCUACCAAGUUACCUACAGCAACAGCAACAGUUCGGCGGUGGCGUUUCGGUUCCGAGUCCCGAAUACUCGGAUUCGCUCGACUCCACACUAACUUACAGCCAACGUUCAACCAGCGCCAACGACUACAAUCUCAAUGUCCGCGAGCUCUCUUCGGAGGCCUGUAGCCGCGAGGACAGCCCAUGCCGCCUAUUCAGCGCAAGCAUCAGGAGCACCACUUCCAGUACGACCUUUCCCUGCGAGCUGGCGAGCCGACUCCGUGAUGCCGCCGUUGCCGACCAGGAAGACAGAACAAGCAACGAGGUACGCAGGGUGGCCAGCAGCGACAGCAUACCCGUCAAUCGUGCGACUCCGGGUAGCGCUGACAGAGGUCUGUUCAACCGUUCGUACAGAGUACUGAGCCAGGAUUGCGUUAGACGAGCUAAGAGCCCAGACGUGCGUAAUCCCGCGACCCAAUUGCGCUACAUCCAGUCCGCUAAAGGCACCUGGACCUACAACUUUUGAGUUAAGAAAGAGGCGAGCGACUACCUCCUAAUACCUACGGCCAAUCACAUUAUGACAUAACUGGUGCUAUGUGGAACAGGAUUACUCAACGAGACGGACUUGUACGCCUCACCAACGACUGACUACUGAGCACUAAACACUGACACUUUGUAGCUUUAAUACUCAACAAGAUCGCUUGAUAAAGUACUCAUUUUUACUAUUGCCUGCGGGACACUGACACGGAGAUAUUCACUAACUAGACUGAUUAACUAGCGAGAAAAGCAUUCCUCUCAUGUCCUACUCGAUAGGCAAGUGCAAUAAAGUAAUGCUAAAUUCUAGCUAAUGUGUAACUGCAGGCCGAAAAUCAGCGGGCUAGCAGCUCUUAAUCAUAACCUUAAGGCGUUCACGUAAAUAUUUACAUUAUCCUAAUUGUACAAAUACACAAUUGAUAAAAAGGGAAAAAAUUAAUUAUUAAUGGAACGCAAUGCCAGCGAUCGUCAUGUCCGUGGAUGCCAGUGAAGUGCUUUUUACUUUGCGGCUUCCCGACAAAAAUCUUGCCACGUUCCAAACAGUGCGUAGCUAACAAUUGUCUUUCGAAAUGUGUAUAUACUGAUUGAUAUUGAUAUUAUUUACUACGAAUUUUUAAUCCGAUGUUAUUUAUCAAAGAGUAAUUAUAUAAAUAUGAACUUGGGCGCACUUUCCAUUUAGUGCGCGUGUGUAGAGUUUAUUUAUUAUAGUGAAUGAUUCCCGUACUACUUACAAAAAUACUGCAAAACUCGAAAAAUUUUCUUUUAUGCACAGGUACUUGGAAAUACAUAUUUAAAAGUAAACUAUUAUAUACAAAUAAUUAGGAAAAAAUUCUUGCCAAAGUUUUGUGAAUGCAUAAUAAACUUCUCAAAGUAUUCUUCCGUAUAAAUUGUAACAAAUGCGUCAUAUUUCGUUGAGUAUGACCGUCCAAUUAUUUUAUUUACUGUUGAUUCGCAUUGUCGUCAUUAAUCAAUUGCAUAUCGUUAAUUAUCAAAUUUAUUAAGUGAUUAUGCUUCUUUACACAAUUUAAGCGUUUCAAUAAUCGCAAUAUAAAGAUCUAGAAAUUGUUAGUGAUCAAAUGAAUUUUUAAUUUGUUGCUGCUUUUUAUAAAAUUGACAGUUAUUAUUCUAUCGUAUUUACAAUCAACUGAUGUGGCUGGUCCCAUUAUUGUUCUAUAAAUUAAAUAAUUACUGAAAAACAUAGUGUAUACACAUAUUAUAUAUACAUAUAUUUAUCAUAAACAUCGACAAUAUGACAACUGACGCUCUACUCUGUAGCAAAUUCAAAAAUUUGUUUAUCUAUUACAACAUUACAAAGUUUCUGUUACGUUUUAAAGUUACAGAAAAGGGAUAUCAGGGUUUCGAUGAUCGCAGAUUUCCAGAAAAACUUGUUAUUAUAACCACUUCUGCGCUCUGAAUCAAACGUAUAAUAGACCAGAUAUAUUAUUACUUAGUUACAAUAACGUAACCAUUAAAGAAUGUAAGGCAAGGAACAGUACUUAAAACGAAUAGCGGACGCUUCCAAUGAUCUAAAACGUCCUUUAACCGUCAUUCGUAAGCUUUUUAAAUAUAUAAAGAUAAUGCUCUA